UACGGAGUAUGCUAUUAAAUUGAGCCCACCACAGUGAUAUUGGGUGGUUCUUUGUUUGUUUGAAUCAAAAGAAGAAUGGAUGCUUUAGGAGGUUCUUCAUGGUGGAGCACCCACCCUUUCAAUCAAUUCCGGCAACGAGGAAGAAAACGUAGAGGAGAGAGAAACAACAAACGCAAUGUCUCUUCGUCGGAUUCUGCCGCACAAUCCACCGCCGGCCACCGUUUCCCACUUAAACAAGCGGUCACUGCCGGAUCUCUCGCUUUGGCCGGCGAUACCAUUGCUCAGCUCCGACAUCGUUGGACUUCUAAACCUGACUCCGACACUGUUUCUUCCACUUCCGAUGACUCAGAUAAGGAUAUUUUCCAGAUUCUUCUUGCGAAUCAUGACUGGCUACGAGCCCUUCGAAUGACUUCCUAUGGGUUUUUGUUUUAUGGGCCUGGUUCUUAUGUGUGGUAUCAGACCCUAGAUCGAUAUCUACCUCAGCCAACAGUUCAGAACCUUCUGACAAAGGUUUUGUUGAAUCAAAUAAUUCUUGGUCCAGCAGUUAUUGCUGUUGUCUUCGCAUGGAACAAUUUAUGGCAAGGGAAGCUGUGUGAGCUACCAAAAAAAUACCAAAAGGACGCCCUUCCUACUUUGCUCUUUGGAUUUAGAUUCUGGGUUCCAUAUAGUGUACUGAACUUUUGGGUUGUUCCUCUUCAGACACGGGUGGCUUUCAUGUCAUUUGGGUCCAUCUUUUGGAACUUUAUCCUCUCUUCAAGAAUGAGCAAGUAAUGCUGCAUUGCCAUGAUAAAAUUGUGCAAACAAUGUGAAAAUUUCUACAAUCCAGCUUAACAGGUGCCAAUCCUGAUUAGGUUUCUUUCUUCCUAGCCGCUGAUCAUGCAAACUGUUCCAAACUAAACCACGAGCCUAAACAAGGUACUACUUGAAUGCUUCGGAUUUGACAGACCGACAAGAAUUGAUCUUACUUAAAUUUGGCUGGAUAAUUUCACUGAGCAAAUUGUAAUGGUCUAGGAGAUAAUUUCACUGUUAUAUUUGUUUUUUUUUCAGACUUUUGGUUUUCAGGUCAGAUUUUUAUGAACUUAAAUUUGAUUGCAAUUGAAAUGUAAUGUGUUUGCGGACGCGGAACAUUUUGAUGCAAAUUGAAACAUACACUGCUGAAAAAUUUACUGGCUCAAAA